CAACUCUAGUCAACAUGCAAACAACUGAUUAAAGGAAUAAGCUUAGUUGCCGAACGUAAACAAACUGUUUGCAAUCUUCAAGUGCAGUUCAAAAUGCGACGAUAUAUAUCACACAACAGUUUUGUUAAAAAUAAUUUAUUAAUAAAUGUGAAGUAUUUAUUAAGCCAGGAACGUCAAGCACAUGCAGCACAAAAAAACUUAUCUAAUGACAUUUUUGCGGCGCGAUAUUGCAUGAGUUUAGUUGAAAAAAAUGACUAUGAAAACUAUUUGUGUACGUUGCUGUUAAAAGGAGAAAGACGGAGACAUGCCUUCGCAUUGCGAGCGUUCAAUGUGGAAGUUUCCAAAUGCAGCGCCAAUAUAUCUGAAGAACAAUUAGUAAAAAUGCGUUUAAAGUUUUGGAACGAUUCCAUAGAUAAAUGCUUUGACAACAAAAGCUCAUAUGUGACAGAUCAGCCAGUGCUGCGAGAACUUAAAUACAUUGUUGACAAGCAUAAAUUAACAAAACUCUAUUUAAAGCGUUUGGUUACUGCGCGAGAUCGACCGUUGAAUCAGCAGUUUAUGACACUCAAACAAUUAGAAGAAUAUGCCGAACAAACAUUUUCCUCCAUAAUAUACCUAUUGGUGGAAUUGUACGGCAUAAAAGACUUACAGGUUGAUCAUGCUGUCUCGCAUCUCGGCAAAGCGCAGGGAAUCGCUACAUUUCUGCGUGCCAUUCCCUACAAAGGCCGUAGUCAAGCGUUAUAUAUACCACAAGAAAUAUUAAUAAAACAUGGCGUUAGUCAAGAGCGCAUUAUACGGGAUAAACCAAAUGAUAAAGGAGUUGAGGAGUGCGUAUUCGAAGUGGCCACAACUGCACAUCAACAUUUAAAAAAGGCACGUAGUUUGAGUGAUAAAAUUCCAAAAGAAAUUAGAAAACUCUUUUUACCGCUGGUAGCUGUUGAACGCUAUUUGGAACGCUUAAGAAAAACAAAUUUUAGUUUAACUGAUCCAACAUGUUUGCAACGUGACGCUUUGUUACCAGUUGCAUUGUAUUGGUUUAAUUUGCGUAAUAAAUAUUAAAGUCCUUAAUGCAACCGCGUCAGUUAAAAAGGGUAUAAUAGUUCAAUAAUAUUGCAAGAGUAAUCUUAGAAACAUUUAACUUGUAGAUAAUGUUUAUAUUUAAUAAUAACUUCUGUGCUUGAAGUUUAUUUAUAAAGUCGU